AUGCUCACCAAGUUUGAGGCCCGCUCAUCCCGCGUGAAAGCGGUUGCGCUACACAACAGCGCCACGUGGGUUCUCUGCGGAUUGCACAACGGUGCGGUGCAGAUUUGGGACUAUCGUAUGAGCAUCUGUGUCGACACCUACACAGAGCAUGUGGGUGCAGUUCGUGGCGCUGACUUCCACGUGAACCAGCCGCUCUUCGUGACGGGCGGCGAUGACUACACAGUAAAGGUGUGGAACUACAAGCUGCACCGCUGCCUCUUUACGAUGACAGGGCACAUGGACUAUGUUCGCACCACCUUCUUCCAUCACGAACAGCCGUGGAUCCUGUCGUGCUCGGACGACUUCACCAUCCGCGUUUGGAACUGGCAGAGUCGCAAGAGCAUUGCGUGCUUGCCCGGUCACAACCACUACGUCAUGUGCGCGCAGUUUCACCCCUUCAACGACCUUGUCGUGUCGGGCAGCCUGGACAAGACAAUCCGAGUGUGGGACAUCUCAGCGCUGCGGCACCGGAAGGAGGAAAUGGGCAUCACGCAGGAUCUCUUGGGCACGACGGAUGUGGUGGUGCGGUACGAGUUGGAGGGGCAUGAGAAGGGCAUCAACUGGGUCGCCUUCCACCCGUGCGGCGACCUGCUACUCUCUGCCGCCGAUGACCGAACAGUGCGCCUGUGGACAAUGUCAGGGACAUCGUGCUACGUCUCUCGCACGUUCACGGGACACACGAGCAACGUCUGCUGCGCCGUCUUCUACAGGAACGACUAUCUGGUGUCCUGCGCAGAGGACCGCACAAUUCGCGUGGUACACAUGUCCUCCGGCGCGACAGUGCAGACGUUCCGUCGCGAAGUGGAGCGCUACUGGAUCAUGGCUAGCGACUCGGUGCACAACCUGAUCGCCAUUGGCCACGACACAGGCCUGCAGGUCUUCAAGCUGACUCGGGAGCGGCCGGCUUUUGCGAUUCACAACGCGACGGAGCUCUACUACGCGUGCCAGAACAAACUGAACAUGUACAACUUCGAGACCGAGGAAGUCACCUCCUGCACCGUCAACUACCAGUUUUACCCGCCGACGGCGCUCUCGUGCUGCCCGACGACCGGGGGUGUGAUGCUUUCCUACGCUAAAGGUGGUCCACAAGUGGAGUGGAUUCCGAAGCCAUUGGCCACAAGGACAUGUAACGUGGAGGGUACCAUGAAGGGCAUCGACGGUGUUUUCUUCGGUGGUUACAAGCUCGCCUACGUGGACGUAAACGGCAAAAUGUGCAUCCAGAAUGUAAGCAAACCUGGUGGAAAGCCGCAACAGACAGACGUGUUGUGCAGUCGCAUUUUCGCUGCCCCGGUCGGCUGCGUUCUUUGCCAGAGCGACGACAAGAUCCUCCUGUACCAGGUGGCGCAGCACGGUGCAGUAAUGGAGGCGACGGUGCCGGCGGUGCGGUAUGCUGUGUGGGACAAGGAUUUCUCCAAGGUAGCACUCAUCGCCAAGAACACCGUAACCAUUAUGACGAAGCGCCUCAAGCUCAUUGCGUCGGUCGCCGAGUCGUCAGCCCGCAUCAAAUCCGCUGCCUUCGAUGAGACGCGCGACGUUAUGUACUUCACCACAUCCAACCACCUCAAGUACUGCUACCUGCGCAACGGCGAGACGAGCACGAUCAGCACGCUCAAAAAUGUCGUUUACCUUGCGCGGGCCGUGGGCGAUACCAUCUACGUCUUGACGCGUGACGGUCGCGUUCUGCGCAAGGAGCUGGACAACGUGGAGCUCAACUUCAAGCUCAAGCUGCAGCAACAGUCGUACCGCGACCUCCUCCGUAUUAUCCAGCAAGGCAAGCUCAAGGGCCAGGCCCUGGUCGGGUAUCUGCGCAAGCACGGACACUCCGAGGUCGCUUUGCACUUCGUCAGCGACCCGCUCACGCGCUUCAACCUCGCCAUCGAAUGUGGCGCCAUCGACAUUGCCAAGGCGAUGGCUACUGAGCUCAACCAACCAGUCACCUGGCGACACCUCGCCGACACUGCCACACGCUUUGGUGACAUUCAACUGGCCCAGUUUGCGAGUGCCAAGGCGGGCAACUACUACGCCUCUGGUCUGCUUGCGCUUCUCACGGGCAACACGGCCUCAGUGGCCAACCUUGUCAACGCCACACACGACGACCACUUCAAGCUGCACUACGGCAUGUAUGUCAACGACGCGAAGGGGCGUGUGGACCUCCUCUGCAAGGCAAACCAACUACCUCUGGCGUACGUGACAGCGAAGUCGCAUGGACUGGAGAACACGGCAGCGCAGUUGCUCCAACAGUUACAGCCUGAUGUGGCGGCGCGUGUGGAGGCACAGCGAUUCUACCCUGUGCCCCAGCAGCAGCCAGUUGAUCCAGUCACGGAGAACUGGCCAAUGCUGCAGGUGGAGGAGUCGGUGUUUACGCGGCUCUUGAAGGAACCGGGGCACUUGGACGCCAUCGCACAGCCGGAGCUCGAUGAGGACGUCGCCGCCGGCGCUGGGUGGGACGACGACGAGGAUGACGACGCGCUUUUGGCUGGCGCGGGCGCAGACGCUGGCGAUGCGGGGGCGCCAACCUAUAACGGUGACAAGAGGGGUGGCUGGGAUGACGACCUGGACAUUGACGUGUCAGCUGCACUGCCGGAUGCUGGGGGCGCCUGUGCCGCUAGCAGUGGCUACGUCGUGCCGCGCGAGUACCCACCCAUUACGCAGACAUGGACGGACGCCUACACACUUCCUGCUUUCCACGUCGCCGCUGGGUCAUUUGCUAGUGCACUGUGCCUGCUGCAGCGCCAGAUCGGCUUAGCAGACCCGACGCCGCUGAAGCCGUACAUGAUGCAGCUGUGGGCAGCCGUGAACAGCUGCAGGCCUGCACCGAACGGCCUCUCUACUGUCUUCGCCCUGUCCACGCAGCCGCCGAACAGCGAAACGGAGGCGCCCCACGCCCCAGCACUGCCAGACUUCAUGCCUGUGCUAGCCGAGAAACUGCGCAUAGGCUACCAGCUGUUCGUCGAGGGCAAUUUUGCCGAAGCGCUGGAUGUCUUCCGCAGCAUUCUGCACCUGUCUGUCAUGACGGUUGUGAAGGACGACCAGCAGAAGGCAACACUGCGCGAAAUCAUGGCGGUUGCUCCAGAAUACACACGUGCCCUCGCGCUGCAGCUGCAACUGCGUACCCUCAGCGCCUCCUCGGUCGAGGCGCUGCAGCUGGCGCUGUACUUCACACACUUUCGCCUUCACCGCGCACACCUCACUCUGGCCUUGUCGCAGGCCAUGAGUAAGGCGUACAAGCAGAAGAACAUCAAGACUGCCGCUGAAGUAGCGCGCCGACUUCUGGAGCAGGACCCACCAAAGAACAAGGCACAGCAGGCCGCCGCCAUCAUCGCCGAAGCGGACCGCAACCCCACUAACGCCGUCCCAAUCGACUACGACGAGCGCAACCCUUUCAUCAUGUGUUCUGCCAGCUACAAACCAAUGUACAAGGGUGUCGUGAGCCCAGUGCGGUGCAGCUACUGCUUGUCACCAGCUGACCCGUCCUACAGAGGGACGCUCUGCCCCGUGUGCAAGCUGUCAAAGAUCGGAGUUGACUGCGCUGGCCUUGUCAAUCGAGUUUGA